CAAGUUUACCCUCAAAUGUCUUUUCUGUAAUGGUGUACUUUCUCUGGUCUCCUCCCAGGUGUCUCCACGGUCUCCUACAACACUAAUCCGUUAUCUAAAAUAAUGUGUGAAAACAGUAGAAAAUUCCUUCCUUCAUAAUUUACCCACAUAGUGUAAGGAACGUCAAAGUGUAUGAUGUCACAGGAAGACCCCGGGGAAGACUUAGAGUCCCUGAAGCGACGGCAAGCAGAGACACGCUUUAAACUGAGCCUAGCCAACAGACACAUUAGUACCUUGUAUAGAGAGGUACAAGAUCUGGAAGUUCAGUUUAAGACAGCCAUCAGACACAAGAAACACUCAGCCCGCUACAAUCUCCGCCAGAAACUUGCGGUGAUUAUGGGUCUGAAAAUUGUCUACCUCAAUUAUUGCUCUGUUAAAUCUCUGGAGCUGGAACGCAUCACCCAGAAAAUCCGAUCCUCUACUGGCAGGGAGGAAGAAGCAAUGGAUACUGACUCCAAUGAGGAACCUAACUUGUCCAUCUUGGAGAUGUAGAGUGAUGGAGAACACAAAACAUUAAGUGCGUAGGAUAAUAAUAUCAGUUUAUGUAGUAUUUGCCUAAUUUUAGAGGAGCAUGGUCUUUGUAUGACAAGAUACUUCAAUGAGCAUUUUGGACUUUUAUUUUUGUUGCAGUAUUUGUUGUCAUGAUGGAUGAUCAUUUUGUGAACGCUUCUCUAGAAGAACGCCAUAUAUAAACAGUCACCUCGACAAUCUUUAUAUUUCUUGAAUGUAAAAAACAGGUGGUUUACCAAUAUGGUCGAGUCGGACAGUGAUUACGAAGAGGAGGAAACUCUAGUUAUGGUGGAGUUACACGGGGUUAUUGACUCAGAGAUAUUUGCACAAGAUUCUUUCGAGAAGUUCAAGAUACUAGCCUUAGAUUCUGUGCGGCCCAUUUUACAGGUAGAAAACUUUAUGUUUUCUGGUGAAUAUGAACACACAAUGGGGACAGCUGUGUUCUUUGAAGAGGAAGAUAAAAGGGUGAAAAAAUGUGACCCUGUGUUUUGCAAGAAGCCAUCAAGAAUGCUCAAAUAUGUAUGCAAGACUAAUAAAAAGCUCACAAUGAAGCGAGUAUUUAUAUCUGAGAAGCAAGCUGGAGACACUGGCAACUUGAAAACAGAACACGUAGAUAAUGGUGAGUCACUUGGUGAGGGAGCCAGCAUUAUUGUGAGUGAUGCCUCAUUAACUGAUGACAGUCAUGUGAAUGAAGAAGCCUGUAUGAGUGAUCCAUUACUGCUGGGAGACCUGAGUGCUUGUAAUGUUGACAAAGCUGUCCCUGCAGGUGACUCCACGUCAGUGGAUGACCCAGGGAAUACAGAGAAUAAUGAAGGUGCAAUCUAGAAUAAUUCAAGUUUAAAUCUCGUCAGUUUUCUUGCGUUUAAUAGACUUAAGUACAAUAAGCAUAAUUUGUGACUCAAAUUACCGUAACUUCUUAUUCAUGUACUCAAACCACAUAUUGUAUUGUAAAUAAUGCAGUUAGGAUUAAAGAUUUUUUUCAUUUUGUUGGAAUCUAAAAUUGCAUAUAGAAUUUAGAAUGGUUGAAUAUUCUUCAGGUAUUAUUUUUUUAAGGUAAAAUUCAUGGUGCAGAGCUGAGCCUCUUAAGGAGGUAUAAACAAGUAAUAAGUCAAUAGAAAAUAGAUGUGUUGGAACACCACAACCUCUACAGUAUGAUAUACUGUUUUAGAUUUUGAAAUUGAUGAAAGGUGCUCCGUUUGGUUUGUUUGUAGUACUGUAAUACACUAACAAUAAAUUAUUUUGUUUUC